AUGACCCGCAGCUCUGACGAGCCACCGCAUUAUUUAUUUGUCCAAGGCCCAUCGCUGGACCGCGACGCACGCUCAGCCCUGAUUCGCCGUCGAAUAUCCCAAAAACGAAAUUUAUAUCGAGAAGAGGAGGAAACAAAACGACAAGAAUUGAUUGCUCAACGACAAUCGCAAGAUCCGACCUCAAGGUCGCCGGUUUGCAUCUGUCCGGGUUCCUCCAACGACGCUGACGGUCAGACCCUCGGCCAGCCGCAGCAAAAACGAUCCGCCACGGUACAUGCGCAAAGUCGCAAAGAAUCGGCCCUCGCUACUUGCGAAAUUUGCGGAAGGACUCGACUCUGGUCCGACUUGUCCAGCGAAAAUGCUGCAGUUGUCGUCCCCGGUCCGCUAUCGGGGAGAUUAGAUCCGGUUUUAGCGGCGCAUUCAAGUCUGGGACCUGAUGCGAACGGACUAUUUCAGCACUCUAUCUUGCAUGUUUUCCCCAGUUUUCGCGACACCGAUUAUACCGCACGAUGCUACCAGUCCUGGGUUCGGGGCCAUCCCAACAACAGACUCAUACUCUACAGCAUCUUGUGGUCCGCAUCGUGUCAUCGUGAUACGCUACGUCUCAGUUACGGGUCCAAUUCCACCCUGAACACUUGCGAUCAACUCUACUACAAAGGGCGCUUGUUGAGUUUGGUGCGCGAGCACGUGGCCGACUUUGGCCGUGAGGAAUGGCGUGAUGGGAUCAUCAUGGCGAUAUUGUUCAUGGCGAUGAACGAGACGGAGAGGAGAGACCUGGGUCGUGAUGCAAAUCCGUUCGAACCACCCUUUAUUCACAUGCAAUCGCUGUCGUUCUACGGCAGUCGUGACUUUCAUCAACUCCACUGGAAUGUGGUUUGUGAUAUUUUGACCCAGCUGGGUGGCAUUCACCGCAUCAAGUUGUUCGCGCUGGGGUGGUUAGCAUCUCUUGCGGACCUGAUGAACGCGGCUCAUACUCUCUCCAAACCGAAUUUCCCCAUGGUCGACGUUCAGGGCCACGUCAGUUACUUUGCGCCGUCGCUCCGGGCGUUUCCUAUCCCCUUUCACAUGCCCCAGAAAAACGGCUUCAAGGAACUGCUGUCGGCUCAUCCCCCGGUGAAAGAAGGUAUUGUGGACGUCUUUCGACGCCUCAGUCUCUACUCUACCCUGCUGCAAUGGACCUGUACCCAUCAGCCCGACUCGGCGGAUUUCGAUCGCUUAGCAGACUUUCGCUACGUGGUCCACCACACGCUACUGAGUCUCCCGGACGAGCGUGACCCGAUCGAUGCAAUCCUCCAUCUUGCCGAUUCCCCUGCGGAUAAGUGUAUUGCAUCUCACGAGCUAUACCUCACUUGCCGCCUGGCAUCCCAUCUUUACGCCCUGCACGUCACCUAUCCCCUUCCACGCUCUUCUCUCACCCGCUCGUUGAUUCUGCCGCGUCUAGCUGACAAACUUGAUGAGAUUGUGCAGACUCGGUCAAGUCCGUUACUGUUGUGGUGUGCCGCUGUAGCGGGUAUCGCCGCCGAAGGAACUACGGAAGAGAAGCGUCUGACGAAUCACGUCAGGCUUUUGUGUCACAGAUUGGGAGUGAGAUCAUUUGAAUUCUUUGAGGAUAUACUACAAUCUUUUGCUUGGGUUGACGUUGCAUGUUUGCCGGGGUGUCGUCGGCUAUGGAAGAGAUUGGCAAUUACGGGAAAGAAUUGA